AUGGCCACAGAGGGAGAAAACCUCACCCUGGUGUCUGGAUUCAUCCUACUGGGUAUCUCAGAGGACCCCAAGCAACAACAGCUGCUGUUCAUACUCUUCCUGAGCAUGUACCUAGUCAUGGGGUUGGGGAACCUGCUCAUCAUCCUGGCCAUCACCACAGACGCUCGCCUUCAUAACCCCAUGUACUUCUUCCUGGCCAACCUGGCCUUUGUGGACAUUGGUUUCACCUCCAACACCAUCCCCAAGAUGCUUGUCAACCAUGUCACAGGACACAAAGGGAUCCCUUAUGCUGGGUGCCUGACACAGACUUUCUUUUUUGUGUUGUUUGGCAGCAUAGAAAGCUUCCUUCUGGGUGCCAUGGCCUAUGACCGCUAUGCUGCCAUCUGUCACCCCCUACACUAUGCCACAUCUGUGACACCACAGGUGUGUAUCCUCCUGGUGGCAGCAUCCUGGACUGCAGCCUUGGGGAAUGCCCUAACCCACACGCUAUCACUGACCCGCCUUUCAUUCUGUACCAACAACCAGGUUCCUAACUUCUUCUGUGACCUCAGCACUAUGCUGAAGCUGGCCUGCUCUGACACGUUUUUCAAUUAUGUGAUGGUGAACACCGUGGGCAGCCUGCCUGUAUUUUUUCCCUUUGUGGGCAUCCUGGUCUCCUAUAUGCGCAUCUUUGCUGCCGUGAUGAGGAUCCCAUCCACAAAAGGCAAGUGGAAGGCUUUCUCCACCUGUGGCUCUCACCUCUCUGUGGUGUCUCUGUUCUAUGGGACACUCAUAGGAGUUUAUUUCAACCCCACAUCCUCCCACAUUGCUCAGAAGGACACAGCUGCUGCAGUGAUGUACACUGUGGUCACUCCCAUGCUGAACCCCUUCAUCUACACUUUCCGCAACAAUGACAUGAAGGGGGCCUUGGGGGCCCUCAUCAGUAGGAAGCCAGCUUUUACUCCUUGA